AUGUGCACUGGAAACUGUGCCAAGUGCCUGGGGGGUGCCCUCAUUCCCCUCACUGUGUUUGGCUUCCUGGCUAACAUCCUCUUAUUUUUCCCUGGAGGAAAAGUGAUAGACAACAAUGAACACCUUUCAGAAGAGGUCUGGUUUUUUGGAGGAAUAUUGGGAAGCGGGGUCUUGGUGCUUCUCCCUGCCAACCUGUUCUUGGGCCUGAAGGAAAGUGACUGCUGCAGAUGCUGUGGCAGCGAGAGAUGUGGAAACCGAUUUGCGAUGUUCACCUCCACAAUAUUUGCUGUGAUUGGAUUCUUGGGUGCUGGAUAUUCAUUUGUCAUCUCAGCUGUCUCCAUCAACAAGGGUCCUAAAUGUCUCAUGGUCAAUAGCACAUGGGGCUACCCCUUCCACAACGGGGAUUACCUCAUUGAUGAAGCUUUAUGGAGCAAGUGCCGAGAGCCUGAAAAUGUGAUUCCCUGGAAUCUGACACUUUUCUCCAUCCUGCUGGUCACAGGAGGGAUCCAGAUGCUUCUCUGCGCUUUCCAGGUGGUCAAUGGCCUCCUAGGGACCCUCUGUGGAGACUGCCAGUGUUGUGGAUGUUGUGGGGGAGAUGGACCAGUUUAA